AUGGCGGACACCUCGACGCGCCCUCUAUCAACAGUUUACGUCGGCGGCCUCCAUCCAACAUUCGUUACAGCCUCCACGCUAUCAGAAGCAUUUAUCCCGUUUGGUGAGAUUGCGGAUAUCUCAUUACCUAAACCAGAAGCCCCCUCUUCUACAGAUCUGCACCGCGGCUUUGGCUACGUGGAAUUUGAAGAAGCUGAAGAUGCCAAGGAAGCAAUCAGUAAUAUGGAUCAGUCAGAGCUAUUCGGCAAGGUCAUCAAGGUUGCUAUGGCGAAGCCAGAGAGGAAGGACGAGGCUGGUGGAUUGGGCAGCAAGACAGCUAUUUGGGAACAGGAAGGAUACCUUGCGGAGCAUGCUGUGAGCGCGGAAGACCGGCAAGCCAUGCAACAGACUCGACUUGGAGCUGGUAGUCGGCCAGAUGAUCCCAUGCAAGGGCUUGAAGGCUUGGACGUAGCAGGGCCACAGCCAGAAUAG